AUGGCAUGUGGUGGUAUUUAUAGAGAUAACAAUGCUAUUUAUUUAGGAAGCUUUUGUGAUUAUAUAGGAGAAGAAAAUUCUGAAUUGGCUGAGCUUUGGGUAGCCAUGCUUGCUAUUGAGAAAGCUGUUAGUUUGGGAUGGAGGAUGUUUUGGAUUGAAACAAAUUGUUUACUUGUGGUGAAAGCCUUCUCCGAUCCGGCUCUUGUUCCUUGGAAAAUAAGAUCUCGUUGGCGCCGUUGUCAUGAUUUGUCGCAAAGUAUAGAUUUCAUGAUAUCGCAUAUUUAUCGGGAAGCCAAUUUUUGUGCUGAUUAUCUGGCGAAUAUAGGGCAUAGUAGUAGAUCUUUUUGUUGGUUUAGGUUUGUUCAUCCUUUUAUUGUAAAGGAUUACCUUUUAGACAGGGAUGGUAUACCUAAAUUUAGGCUCUUUCGUUAA